GUUGUCACUGCUGGCGCACAUCAUCGCUUCUUCGAGUUUGCAGGCGAAGCCUCCAUCCUUUGUGCUCACCUGCCGUCGGGCGGAAAGGCACCGGUGGGAAAGGCCUAUUGGAACCCCAAGAAACGCGCUCCACCCGGUUUGGUCCCACGGAGGCCAUUCGAGACUGUGGCACUCACCAAGCACAAGUGGAUCUUUGAAGGUUGGAAGGUGAUCGAGGGAGCUGCCAUACGGCCGCAUGAUGUUAUCUUUGGUGGCAAAAUUCUGCACGGGACCGAACAGCAGCCCAAUAGAACCUUAGAGUCCUCAGCCAAUGGCACAGUGACGCAACUCCUGCCGCGAGCGCAUCUGGGUCAAACCAUCAUGCCCCACGUGGGCGUUGCCAUCAUCGCUUUCCCUGUGGUGCAUCCCCCUGGCCUGGAAGUGCCUAAGGAGUCCAGGGGCGCCUAUGAUGUUUUUGCCAUCACAGACCGUGCCUAUCGUGUGGCUGCAUUUCACGUAACCGAUGGAGCUCACGUCUCAGCUGGUGAUACCAUCUUCUGUGGCUACCCGGUGGUAGGAGAGAACUUGGGCGCCAAGGUGGACGUGAAGGCCACGGAAUCCGGGCGAGCUGAAAACCUUCUGACGCUGAUUCCCGGGCACUUUGUGUUGAAAGAUGUGGUGGUGAUGCAACUGCGACCCCUGGUGCUAUAUCCACCUGGUCUUGAGCAGAAACCACAGGCUCACAUCGUCAAGAACUCGAAAGCAUUGCGAUUCGAUCGAUGGAAGGUGGAUCUUGGAAGCCAUGUGAAACGUGGCCAAGCCCUUCUGACCUAUCAUCGCCUGGGUGAUAGGCACCUCCAUGUGAUGAAAAGCAAUGUCGCUGGUGUUGUGAACAAACUUGUGCAGCUUGGAAUGAUUAGAUGUGUACGGGUGAAAUUGGGCUACCAGUGGACCCAGAAAAUUGAACCUGUCUAG